AUGUUCCGAGUGCACACGGAGCGCACGGAGCUGCUGCUCGAGGACUGCCGCGCCGGCGCCGGCCCGUGGCUCCGCGUGACGUCGAGCGCGUCGUCCCCCGGCGUCGACAUUGAGCCGCUGGCCGCCGCCGCGCCACUUCGCGCCGCCGCCCCGUCCGUCGCCGUGCACGCGGUCUACGGCGUCUACUCGCUGCUGAGCGGCCCGUACGUGGCCGUCGUGACGGACUCGCGCGUCGUGGGCUCGGGCCCGCACAGCGAGAAGAUCUUCUGCGUGCUGGAGCUCACGCUCGUGCCCGUGAGCGCCGCGGCCCACCAGAGCUUCUUCAAGCACGCGAGCGCCCGCGAGCGACAGGACGAGCGCGCGUACUGCCGCAUGCUCACGACCGCAGUGGCCUCGCGCACGUUCUACUUUAGCUACGACUUGGACCUGACGCUGUCGGCGCAGAAACGCGCGUCGCUGGCGCUCUCGUCGUCGGCCGCGCCGCUCUACGCGCGCGCCGAGGCGGACUUUUUCUGGAACAAGCCCGUGCUCGGCAAGUUUAUCGACCUGGAGCUCAGUGCGUGGAUCGUGCCCGUGAUCUCGGGCUUUGUCAAAGUCAUCAAGAAGUGCGACGUGAACGGCCAGCGCUGCGAUGUGCUGCUCGUGACGCGGCGCAGCUGGCGGCGCGUGGGCACGCGGUUCAACGUGCGGGGCGUGGACAAAGACGGCUGCGUGGCCAACUUUGCCGAGACGGAGAUGCUGCUGGUCAAGCCCUCGCGCGCCGUGUGCUCGUACGUGCAAGUGCGAGGCAGCAUCCCUCUCUACUGGGACCAGAUGGUCACGCUCAAGUACAUGCCGCGCACGCGGUACGCGUUCUCGGGCCACGAGAGCGUGGUCGACUGGAACGAACUGGCGUUCCGGGCCCACAUGGACAACCUCAUCCAGCGCUACGGACACAUCACGUGCGUGAACCUCAUUGACAGGGCUGGGAAGACCGCGACCGUGCGUGACCAGGCACAACUUGGCUCGGCGUUUGGCAAGUACGUCAAGAAGUACAACCAGCAGUCGAAGUCGGGCGAUGGCGUCAACGCUGUUGGAUCGCCACUGCUGCUGCCUGCUUCGCCCACGUCUCGUGUCGUGUCACCUCGUCAGCGCCGAAGCAUGUCGGUCGCCCUCCCCGGUGCACCUGGAUCCAAUGGAAGCAAUGGACUCGGGCUAGCUAACGGUGGGGGAGCUGCUGCAGAAUGUCCGGUCGGGGCGUUCAUGACCAAGAGUGACAAGAAAAAUGGAUCGUCUGGUGCUUUGACGCUGCUGGCAUCGACAUCGCUGCCUAUGAAAGAGAAUCCGCUACCACAAGUGGCUGUGCCAUCAGCACCUACGUCGAUUUCGCAGCUCUUUGCAGAGCCCAUUGCGUAUGUGUGGUUUGACUUUCACCACGAGUGUCGCAAGAUGGCAUGGCAUAACCUGGCCAAGCUCAUGACGGAGGUGGAGGAGCAGUUCCUGCAGUAUGGAUGGUUCGAGUGUGAUAGCGAGGGGCGUGUACUGUCGCGCCAGCGCGGUGUCUUUCGUGUAAACUGCAUGGACAACCUGGAUCGCACGAAUGUUGUCAUGAGUCUCUUUGCGCGACGUACGAUGCUCAUGGCGUUACAGCUGUACCCGCUCAGCACUGGUGGUGUUGACGGAGGCGACAGCGUACUGGAUUCUCCCUAUCAAAGCUUCGAGGUCGUGUUCAAGAAUGCAUGGGCUGACAAUGCAGAUUACGUGAGCAGAAUGUACGCGGGCACUGGAGCCCUCAAGACGGACUUUACGCGCACGGGACGAAGAACGAUCGCUGGCGCUUUGCAAGACGGUGCGAACUCGGUCACCCGGUAUUACCUCAACAACUACUCGGAUGGCAUUCGUCAGGACUCGUUCGACCUGCUUGUUGGAAACUUCACGCCGGACAAGCGGGACGAGUCGCCAUUCACUUUCCAGCAACAGCACAGUCUCCUGAACAUGACGAUGGAGGUCGCGCUAGCUAUGCUUGCAGUCGUUAGCGUGUCACUCAGCAUGCGCACGUACUUGCCAGUGACGACGCGAGUGCGCGACGGCAUUAUCGCAGCAUUGGCACUCUUCACCGUGACGGGAUACCUUAUCAUCAAAAAGGGCAAGUUCCGUUCUAUUGGAAGGCGGUACGUUUGCAAGCCCGCGUUCAGCUCUAGCGGCUACAUUCGCCGGAAAACUACUUAG